AUGAAUAAAUAUAUUAUCAUUCUAUUAAUUACAAGUUUAAUCCAUACAACAAUAAAUAGUAUUCAGUUAAUAAAUAAACAAUAUAGAAUAGAAACUAUACAAAAUAUAUCAAAUACAGAUUAUACAUUAAUACACCUUAGAAAUAAUCAAUCUACAAUAAAAUGUUCCUUUUGUAAAAUGAUAGUUAAUGCAAUUAGAAAAAUGAUGAUAAAACUUUCAACAUUUCAAAUGAUUCAUCUAAUUAUUCAUGAAAUGUGCUCUGUAGUUGAAGAUCAUACACUAGAGUGUUAUGACGUGGCUUCACAAAUAAUUGAUUCUUACGUUAUCAUAUUCAAUAGAACUGAAGCAUUGGAUACUUGUAUGGUGGGUAUGGUAUUUUCUGAAUAUGAUGAUGAUGAUAAUGAUGAUUAUUGAACAAUUUCAGUUAGUAUAUACAUACAUAUUUGAUUAUUUAAUCAAUAAAGAUAACUGAAUAAGAUUUUGGAUUGAAUGUUAUUAGCAAAUUACAAGACUACAUAUUUAGGAAAGUUGUACACUAGUUGUGAUGUAACAACCUUUCAUCAUUGAAUUUCCUGAAAAAUACACAGCGGUAAAUCAAUACAACAGUUGCUUUAUGGAACCGAAAUAAGUCAACAUUUUAAAUAGAUUAUUAUGAGUGAAUGAAAUAAAAGAUAUAACACUUAACAUUAGGUCAGUAGGUUAAAUGUAAAAGCUUCAUCAAAUCACCAUGCAUCUAUCUUUAUCUAUCACAAAAAAAACAGUUGUUAAUAACCAAAGAAAAACAUGUUUUGCUAAAUGUAAUACAUGUAUUGACUUAACAUUCGCAUUAGUGAACACCAAUGAAUCUGAUAGAAUAAUAGGACUGUUCGAUGAGCACUCAAAACACAAUGGUAAAAAAAGAAGGGAUCUGAGCUGUAAAUUUUUUCAGUGUUGAAGAUUUUUUACCUCCACAAUAACACAUUGUUUUCAUCUAAUAUAUGAAAAUGACUCGGUAAUCACGCAUGAAAUCGUAAAAGGUUCUUUAAAGUUUUAUUCUAAUUUCAAACUCAGAGAAUGAAACUCUACUAGAGACACUGACUGCUUUAGUGUUAGCAGGGUCCAAUGAGUCAGGUUAUAGGUUUAUGUUAGGUACUUCACAUAUAAUUCCCACUAUCAGUAUUUUCAAUACUACUUGUAACACAUAACAUACUGCUUAACAUAACCUAAAUGAAAGUCCACGUUAUUUGAGUGUUAUGUUAAGAAAUUCAUUUGGUUUUGAUAUAUUUUUCAAAACAUACUAAGAUAACC